GUUUUAUUAUCUUGGCUUGAUUAAGAAUAAGAUCGACUCUGGAGUGGAAUGCACAAAGAGGAAGUAGUAGGUUCCAGGGCUUGUGUUGUAAGUUUUACUUGUAACUAGGAUAUAUCAUCAUAAUUCCAGCAUUCAAUGACGGUCCCAAGGAGUAGUGAUAGGCAAGUACAUUUUUUGGAUACAGAGAUGCUUCGACAAAUAAUAUACUGUACAAACAACAUACACGGGAUACAAAAUAAUAGCUAACAAUACACGUGUCAUAUGUUAAUUGGCUUAAAAGAAUAGUGCAUAAAUAAAAACAUAACGAGAAUCCAAACCAACGGUGCUUGCGAGUUUUUGGUUCCAAAAGUUCUUCCCGGGAGAAGAAAAGAAAGUCGUCGUUUGUUUUUCUUGUUCUAAUUCUUCUUCUUCUUCUUCUUCUUCUUCUUCUUCUUCUUCUGGGGGGAGGGCCGUGUGAUCUUGAUUUGAUAAAGAAUGGAUCAGAUCUUCAACAAGGUUGGAUCCUAUUGGAUAGGCCAGAAGGCCAAUAAGCAGUUUGACUCCGUCGGUACCGAUCUCAACUCGGUGUCAACGAGCAUUGAAGGAGGAACAAAAUGGUUGGUCAACAAAAUCAAAGGGAAAAUGCAGAAGCCGUUGCCUGAGUUACUGAAAGAGUAUGAUCUACCCGUGGGAAUCUUCCCGGAGGAUGCCACAAACUAUGAGUUCGAUGAACAGAGCAAGAGACUAACUGUUAUGAUCCCAACCAUCUGUGAAGUUGGGUACAAGGAUUCAUCAGUCUUGAAAUUCGCCACAACGGUAACAGGACACCUUGAGAAAGGCAAGUUAGCAGAGGUGGAAGGAAUCAAGACAAAAGUUAUGAUAUGGGUUAAAGUGACAAGCAUAUCCGCAGAUGCAUCAAAGGUCUAUUUCACUGCCGGAAUGAAGAAGAGCCGGAACCGAGAUGCUUACGAGGUUUUAAGAAAUGGCGUCCGAGUCGAUAAAUUCUAGCCAUCCUUUUGGUUAUUAUUAUUUUACUCUUUCUAUUUAUCAAUUCUUCCCAAAGUUUCAAGCUUUUUUUUAUUCUUCUUUUUAACAUUUUGGGAAGCCUACCUGAUCGAUUAAACCUUAAUUCAUGAUUGUGAGGAAGAAAAUAUAUAUAUGUCUUUCGGUUAACUUAGGAGGCCUAGAAUCCUACUUUUGCCUCUUGCA